AUGUCGACAGUUCCAAACGCCCGAUGGAGCGAGGUAGUCAAUACUACUGUUACACCAGCGCAAUGGGAUUCAAACCCAACAAUCACCAGGUCCACGGUGAAGGAGAGCAGCUUCCAAGGCCUGUCGGCAUCGUCCAGCUCCAUCCACCGCUCGACCUUAAAGGGAGUGGUAAUGCAAGAUGCCUCCAUGACGGAUAAUAUUACCCCCAGGUCCGCAGAUGGCAACGCCAUUAUCCGCAGCGAGCUGCAUGACUGCACCGUCAGCAACGCCUGGGUCAAGCGGUGCACAUUCAAAGGCUGCGUCCUCAGCAACGUGCGCUCGCACCGCUCUACUGCGCGCAACUCACAACUGCACGAUCUGGACAGCUUUAACAGUAAUGAUGCCACGGAUAGCGUGAUCCAGGAUCAGAGCUAUGUGUGGCGCACAACCCUGAAAAAGUCUGCUGCGCGGGAAGCGAGUGAUCUCAGGCGGAGCACGCUGGUUGGAACAGCCGUCUCCAAUAGUAGGCUUCGCAAGGCUACUCUACGUGACUGCGAUGUGACUGAUUGUAUUAUCUCUGGGACGAACUUUAAGGGGAUGAUUCUGAAGUAUGGGGUUUGGAAGAAAGGGAACCUUGUGGGUCGGAUUGGGAACCGGGAGGUUAUUGCUAUAAGCAAGGACAGUGGAGAGUCACAGGUGAGCUGCAUUUGGGAAACCUUGAGAAUGAGAUUGAUACUGAUUUCUGCUACAGGUUCAUGGCCCUGUACCUGUUCUUCCUGA